UCUUUUAUUUUGAAAGUUGUAUCCGGAAGCGGUGUUGUUUUUUUUACAGUCCUUCAAACUUGACGCUGAUCUCUUCCACACACCCCGUGAUCUCCAAAACAACAUAACAAAGUGGGGGAAAACCAACAUGGCGAGCGGAGAGGAGGCCAGAAGACGCCCCUCGGUUACCUCCUCUUCGGUCGGCCUGGAGGCUCUGUUCCCCGCCGGCACCUCUGAGCAGGCCUGCGGGGACGGAAACCCGGAGCUCGUCCUCCUGCGAGAGCGUCUCCAGGGCUGGCUGUCGCAGUACGAGCCCCCGCUGCUGUGGAUGCAGAGGCUGCUGGUGUGGGAGAGGCCGUUGUACAGCAUCUCUGUCGCCUUGACACUCAACACAUUAUUCUGGCUGCUGUCCUCCACCUCCCUGCGGCCUCUGUUCCUGUUGAGUGUGUCCCUGUUGGGGCUUAUGCUACUGGAGAGAUGGAAGCCAAAGUUGCCCAUCAUUACUGUUCAACAUGCUGAGGCUCCCCAUGUACAAAGUGAAACAAUGAGGACGGAGCAACGAUUGCUCAGUAUUCCUGAGCUCAGCCACCACCUGGCUGAGAGCUACUUGACCUGCUGUCUGUACCUACAGGAGAUGCUGCAGUACAAACAGCAGAACCACGGCAAGUUCUGUGCGAUGAUGUGCAGCGGCUGUUUUGUGCUUGCUGUGGUCGGACAUUAUGUUCCAGGAAUCAUGAUCUCCUAUAUUAUAGUCCUGAGUGUGCUGCUGUGGCCGCUGGUGGUGUACCACGAACUGAUCCAGCGGAUGUACACCGGCUUGGAACCAAUCCUGAUGAAACUGGAUUACAGCAUGAAGGGAGAUACCGAACACCGCAAGCAUGACAAGAGGAAGGUGAAGAAAGAGUUGGAAGAAGGGGAUGAGCCAAGAGCAGAAACGGAGAGCGAGAGUGAGGAGGAGCUGUCCUGUUUCGCCCCGACGGUGGACGUGAAGACCACGGCCCUGGCGAUGGCUAUCACAGAUUCUGAGUUGUCGGAUGAGGAGGCUUCCAUCUUGGAGAGUGGAGGGUUCUCAGUGUCCAGAGCCACCACUCCUCAACUCACGGACGUCUCUGAAGAUCUGGACCAGCAGAGUUUACACAGUGACCCAGAGGAGGCUUACCUGCGGGAUCUCCCUGAGUUCCCCUCAGUUGAGGAGUUCCCAUCCAUCGAGCACAACCUGCUCCACUUUCCUCUGCGAGGUCCCAGCCAGGGAGACGGAGCCCAGGCUAGUGCUGCAUCAGAAGGGGAACCUUUGAGCCCCGCCAGCCUCCUCAUCCAGCACCUCGCAUCCCCACUCCACUUUGUGAACACACACUUCAACGGACAUGGACGACCACCUGGGGGCGAGGCGAGCUUGUUGCCUGUGCCAGGCCCAGGGGAGGAAGCAGGGAGGCAGGGGGGAGACGGGAAGGAAGCUGAGGUAGCCCACGGUGCACAGCGGUCUUUGGAGGCCUUGAGCGAGGAGAUAGUGAGCACGGCUAUCUCGGCUGUGGUUCAGAACACUCUGUCAGCCCUGCUGCGCUCUAGCGAGGCCAGCGAGGAGCCCACCCUGGCUGAGUUCCUCCCCACCGAAACCCCACCAAGCGCUCUGGAGACCUCCACCCAACCAACCGCCGACACCACUGCUAACACUACAGUUACUACAAUAGGAGCGCUGGGGCCUGACGAGGACCUGGACGAGGCGAUAACAACAGAAAGCGGCGGCGAGGAGAUGCCUGAUGACACACUAGUUCCAACCGAGGAGGAGGACUUUGAGCUUCUGGACCAAAGUGAACUGGAGCAGUUGGAUGAAGGGCUGGACCUCAGCUCUGACAGACAGGUGGUGGGUGGAGCCUCCGGAGCUCCAGACACACCUCCAUCUCCUCCGCAUCAACCACAGUCAUAGCUUCCCUGUUGUCCCCCCCCCCUUCCUCCCCUUCCUCCUGCCCCUAUCUCUGUUUUUGUGUUUAUUUGUACGUUAGAAUGACAUAUACACAUACAUACAUAAAUACAUACUGCUAUAUACAAAACAUUUAUCAAAGAGUUUGGCAUUUAAUACUGUUGGUUGGUGAUUGCGCGGCAGAUGGUUCGGAUAACUACGUGCGUUCUGUUUUCACAUAGCCUCAAAUGACAAGGGUGUGCUCUGCCUUGGUGCCUGAGCUGUUUCUAGUCCAGGACCAUCACAUUAUCAGGAUCAUCAGUUAUUAUCAGUGAAACAGCCUUGAUGUGAAUUCUUAAACACACAAAUUAUAACAACAUGUUUUCUUUGUGGUAUAAACUGCCUGCUGGCCUGAUGAGAGCAGGUUUUAGGGCAGGGCCAGGUUGGGCUAAUAGUUAAAGAGACAUUAUUGUCAGGGGUUGUGCAUUGCAUUUUAUAUCAGGGCUCUGAGUUUAGCUCCAUCAUCUAGCAUUAAACAUUGCUUGAUCAUUCAGCAAACUGAUCUCCCACUGUAUAAUCUCAUGUCACAAUAAUGAUACCUUUACUGAUUUUAACCCUUCCACUUUGUGUUCAGACAAACGCAGAUGUUUAUCCAGAUGGUGUUUGGGGGGGAAGUGGGAGAUGUUGGAUUAUAUAACUAUUAAUAUAUGCUAUAAAUUAUUUAAUUUAACGGUCAGUUGAUAAAACUUAAUUGUUGUGCUGACAGGGAGUUCAAAGAAGAGUUUUAAUCCCUUCAGUCGCCCUUAAUGAUUGUACGGUAAGAGUUGACACCAUGGACAUCCAGGUUUAAAAAAUGUAGUAACAUAUUCCCAGUUAGACCUUCACUUCAUCCUUAAAUCCAAUGUUACAGAUUUGACAGUCAUUAGUCUUUCACUUGUUGCCUGGAAAUGGAAACUUAAAAUCUUUGACAUUGUUGGAUGUUGACAAGUAGUACACAUACACAUAAGUGACUUUGGUGUGGCACGAUAAAAAAAAAAAGAAAUGUUCCCGACUUUCCUCCACGUGAUCGAUGCCUCAUUUUUGUUCAUGUUUGUGGGUAGAGUUUUCAUUUCGUAUAUCAUGUAAUUGAAUUUACUCUCAAUCUCCAACAGGCUUCUUGUUAGAAAGGCCCGUCUAUACCCAAACUAUUUGUACAUGUAUAGUCAUCACUGGGAUAUGUAUAUUUACCAAAUAACCUCGUUUGUGCCACGACAAGUCCAUGCAUGCCAUGAAAUCACGCAUGUAUUUACCAUGAUCGUUACUUGAGGUCAUUUCUCAAAAAUAGCAUUAAUUUUAUUGGAGAAGUUGUUUUUGGGGAUAGGGUUUUUUUGUUUUUUUUUGCAGUUUUUGAAGAGACAUACUUUAAUCAUACACAUAACGUAUCUGGCCACUGCUGAGGAUUCAUGGCA